AUGCCUACAUAUGAAAUUUUUUUGAAGGAUCUUUUAUCCAACAAGAGUAGGCUUGAAGAGAGUGCAACCAUCUCCCUUCCUAAGGAGGUGAGUGCAAUCAUUCAAAACAAGCUCCCUCAAAAGCUUGGUGACCCCGGUAGCUAUGCAAUACCGGUGAAGAUUGGAGACUUAGAGGCUAUGGAUGCUUUAUGUGAUCUUGGGGCAAGUGUGAGUUUGAUGCCCUAUUCUAUUGCUAAGAGUUUGAAAGUGGGAGACUUGAAGCCAACAAGGAUGUCCUUACAAUUGGACGACCGCACGGUUAGGCUACCUUUGGGAAUUCUUGAAGAUGUACCGGUUCAAGUUGGAAGAGUAUUUGUGCCAUGUGAUUUUGUGGUAAUGGAAAUGGAAGAAGAUACUACGGUGCCCCUAAUCUUGGGAAGACCGUUUUUGAACACCGCGGGUGUUGUGAUUGAUAUGAAGCAAGGAAGAUUGACCUUGAAUGUGGGAGAUGAGAAAAUAUCAUUCUCAUUUCCACAAACAUUGAAAAAUCCAUUGUAUGAUGAAGUUCAUAGAGUUGAUACAUUGGAAAGGGACUUAGAGAAGUCCCAAGAAAAUUUGUUUGAAGGAGAUCCUUUACAAGCUAUCCUAACGGGAGGCUUAGUUGAGGAAGGUGAAGAAACGAGGGGGUAUGAUCUUUUGCUCAACCAACCUUUAGUCUACAACGAAAAGAAAGUGGAAGUGCUUAAUGUGGAGUUAAAAGAGGAGAGAACUAUGCCUCCUCACAAGGUUGAACUUAAACCCCUUCCUCCUUUACUUAAAUAUGCUUUUCUUGAUGAUAGUGAGAGUUAUCCCGUUAUUGUCAAUGAUUAA